GCGACAGUCGAAAUCAUCAGUACUUGUGCUGCUGGAUCCAUAAAAGAAGGAGAAACGGCAGCAAAGAUGGCUAAGAGUAGCGGGAAUUUAUCUUCGAGACGAUCAUCGUCGCACAAUACGAAGCCUUACGAUACGAACAACUCAUUUGUUAAGAAAGUUGCUACUAAAGUAACAGACUUUAUACCCCAACCAUUAUGGAUCAGUAAAUGGUUCAAUACGUCUCAAGGAAAUGGAGAUAUUUCAAAUGAUACUGAAAACCUUGAAGAAGCAGAAGCAGAAGCAGAAGAGGAUAUAGAAAAACCUCCACCAUCAAAACGACCACGAAUUCGUACAGAUAUUAUCCAUCCACCUGGAACAUUUUCUGUUCGAUCAAAUGUUAUAACAUCAAAUAAUAAAACUAAAGUUUCUAGAGGAAAAUAUUCAGUGCAAAAUGAUACGAGAGAUGAUUUUCUGAAACCUACUAUGGCUGGACCCAGUGGGAUAGGUCAUUUAAUAUGUUCUACACCUACCACACAAUUAGAUAGCAGACCGGUAACUACACAAAGGUCUGAUUUAAAUCUCCUAAUUCCAACAUCAAAUAAUGGUACAGCAAAUGGAAUGGAUGAUAAUUCAGAAUCAAGUGAGAGCACUAGUGGUUGCAGCUCUCUUAUACCGCAAACCAGUCGACAAGAAGCUCCUUCUCAUGACGUUUAUAAUUCACCAUUUGUUAAUAGGAAACGCUUUAUAGAUGAGAAAUUAACAUUUACUAAUCAUUUACAAUCGCCAAGGACACUGUUUGUAGACAGCAAUCCCCGUGAUACUUUAAGUAAUCAUAGGCCAAGUUUUAAUGCAUCUGUCAUGACCAACACGCUGGACCGUGCAUCUCGUUUGUUGUCACCUUUUUAUAGUGGAAAUACCACCUUCGGAGGAGCAAAUGCAGUUGAAUUGUAUAAACGAAAUCAAGCAAAGUCUCUUUUACUCAAUACAACUGAUAUUCAGCUUAAAGUUCCAAAGAGACCAAGUGUCCAAGUCAAACCUUCAAAUACUACGGUUGACCCAUCAGGUAUGAGUCAAACUGCAAGAAAAAUACUGGAAGCUCUGGAACACUUUUCUUCGCCUAUAUCAGAUGCUAAGAAAAUUCCAUUAAAAAGCACAAAUAUUACUCCGUCUUCAGUUAGUAAAAAACGUCAGCGAGAAGAAAAUGAAUCUCCAUCUGCUCGUGUAGGAUUACGACCUCCAACGCGAGAAUUAAUUGUGCCAACUGUACCCGCUAUAAUUAAGAUAAGAAGACGUGAAAAAUUGCAAGACACAACAGUAGCAGCACGAAAAAUUGUUUCUGCUCAUAAUGGGCCUCCGCCUCCUACUCAAGAAUAUCGUCUAGGAUCUGAUGAAAAUGAAAAUACGAAACAUAAUGGAAAACUCAAGGCAACAGCUAAAACAAAUUUAAAUGAAGAAGAUACUAUUGAAAUAGUUAAUUUACCAAGUGUACCUCUACCAAUAUCUUCUUUACCCAAUUUUAAUUUUACAUUACCUCAAGCAACAACUAAAAAUCUUUCAAGGAAAGAAGAUAAUUUCAAAUUUGCCAGUCCAAUUAAAGUCACAAAUCCAACGCAGAAUUUACAAUCUAUUAAUAAUUUCACGUUUAGUAGUCCAAUUAAUGCUGAAAAUCAUUUGAGUGAUUCUUUGGUUAAUACAUCAAAUAACAAUAGUGGGUCUAUGGUAACAUCAAAUUUUAUCUGGUCUGGUUCAUCUACAGCUCCUAGACCUAAAGACAAAGGAAAACAUGAUAAUAGUAGCCAAAUAGGAGUUAAAGUUGCUAGUGAUUUGAAAACAGGUAGUGUCGUGGAUAUACUAUGUAAUAAAUCUUUAGAGAAAGUAUCUUCAUUGAAUAAGGCGAAGUCAUCUUUAAAUACAAAUAUUGAAAAAGCUACUUCUGAUGAAAAUCCUAUUGUUUCUGCCAGUGAAGAAAUGAAUAGUUCAACUGUUAAAAAACCUGAAAAUCUAAUCAAAGAUACAAAACAAAAAGUAUUAGAUAUAUGGGAAUGUGAUGAAUGUUUAAUUCGAAAUAUUAAUUCUGAAACACGAUGUUUUGCCUGUAAAGCUUUAAGACCAAAUAUCAAUGUGCAAACUACAAUAUCUUCACCAACUUCAAGUAACAUUGUAGAAGCAAAAACAACUGAGACUGAUUGCUUUGGAUCUCAUUUCAAAAUUAGCAAUAUUAAAUGGGAUUGUAUGUCUUGUUCUGCAUCAAAUAAGCUAACUGACAUUAGAUGUGUUUCUUGCAAUGCACCACAAAGAAGGAAUUUAAAUCAAACGAAUACAUCUCCAACAGGCAUAUCACAAUCUGAGUUAAUGAAUAAGGGUUAUGCUGAAGGUUCGUGGGAGUGCCCAGGCUGUAUGCUGAGAAAUGAUGCUAAUAUUAUUACAUGUCCUUGCUGUAAAGCAUCUCAACCAAAUUUAUUAAAAAAAGCAAGGGAAAAGAAAAAUAAAAAUACAAAUAUACAAGCAAUUGUUUCCACUCAAGAAAUGAAUACAACAAGCUCAAAUACUUUGCAAUCAUCUAAUUCAGAAAUAAUGGAGAAAUUUAAGCCAAGCAAAGAUUCAUGGGAAUGUCCAUCUUGUAUGGUUAGAAAUGCUGAUUCUGUUACAAUUUGCCCCUGCUGUAAUACUACUAAACCAAGUGCUAAUUGUGAUAAAACUAAUGAAGUACAGAACCUACCAGCAAGUGGUUUUGGAGAUAAAUUUAAAAAACCUGAAGGUUCUUGGUCUUGUGAUACUUGUAUGUUACAAAAUAAAGCAGAAAACUUAGAAUGUGUUUCUUGUGGUAGUGUAAAACCUGGAAGUGCAAAACCAAAGGAAUCUACAACGAGUACAAGUUCAAAUAUGAAAUUUAAUUUUGGUAUCCCUGCUGGUUCAAGCAAUUUCAAAUUUGGCAUUGACAAAGCUGACAAUCCAAAUAAAUCCGGAGAUUCAUCUAUAAAUAAUUUUAAAUUUGGUAGUACUCAACAAACCGAUAUUGGAAAGUUUACAUUUGGUAUUCCCAAAAGUGACAAAAAUGACAUAUCUAAGGCAGAUAUAAAUAUUAAUACUUCGAAUGCUGGCUUAAAAACAUCAGUAUGCAAUGUAGGGUUUCAGUUUAAUGCAAAGAGCGACAAGACUACUAUAAGCAAUAAAUCAACUGAAUCAGAUAAAGAAACAAAUACAUCCUUUUCUUUUAAUGUACCCAAAAAUGAAAAUUCAACAUUGUUAUCUGAACAACAACAAUUAGCUGUAACUUCAGCUUCAACUCCCUUUACUUUUGGAACAAGUAAAACAGAAGUGAAUAUUUCAGAAAAGAAAGAAGAUCAAAAAUCUGUUUUAGGAAAUAUCACAAAAGACACUGUUGAACCAACCACAAGUACUACAGAGUCAUCAUUUACAUCAAAAAUUUAUGAUAAUACUUCCUUAGUAGCAACGACUACUCAAAAUAAUAUUUUGGAAAAUCCGCCUAAUUCUACAUUUUCAUUUACUGCUUCAAGUACUAUACCAGUUAGCAGUAGUGUAUUAGUACCAGCAACUACAUGUCUUCCAACUUAUAGUCAACAUUCCUUUACAUUUACUGAUGCAAAAACAGUCACACAAACCACAACUACUCCUACUUUUGGACAAAUAGCAACGACGUCAUCAUCAAAUGUUACUUCUACUUUACCUACAUUUUCUUUUGGUACAAACGAAUCUGUAGGAACCUCUGGUCCACCAACAACUAGUACUACAGUAGAAGCAACGCCAAUAGCACCACAGAUCUUUACAAGUGUAUCUAAGACGAUGCCAUUAUUUAACAAUGUUGAUGUAAAAACAACAGUAGCAUUUGGUACAGGAGAAACUAGUACGUCAACCUUUGCUACAGGAGAAAAUAAAUCACCCUUAUUUGGAACAUCAGAAACUAAAGUACCAGUAUUUGGAAAUUCUGAAAACAAAUCUAUUUUUGGAACAUCUGAAAACAAAAUGUCUGUAUUUGGAAAUACGGAAAAAACAACUCCUGUAUUUAGUACACCAGCAGCAGUAGCAACACCAGCAUUUGGCUCACAAACAAAUAAUGCUGUUUUAUUUGGUUCAUCAGCUCCUGUUUUUGGAAAUAACAAUAGUUCAAACUUUGGUGGUGCUUCGGCACCUAAUAUUUUUUCAACAACAAAGCCAAAUGAUAAUAAUGUAUCAAAUUCAAGCUUAUUUACUUUUGGUGCAGCGUCUAAUCAAACAGCAGCACAACCAGGAACUGGAUUUAAUUUUUCAGCAAAUAAUAAUCCUGCUGAAUCAGCUCCAAAACAAUUAUUCACGUUUGGUAGCAGUUCAAAUACACAACAGACUAACAAUUUGUUUGGAGGCAAUGGUUUUAAUAAUGCAGCACAAACUAAUACAGGAAGCACCUUUACUUUCAAUGCACCAAAACCAGAGACUCCAGCGUUUGGCCAAUCAACAGUUGCAACUCCACUCUUUGGUGGACUGCAAAAUAAUCAAAAUCAGUCAACAUCUACUUUUUCAUCUUCUUCAUCUGCUAAUACAGGAUUUAAUUUUGGAAAUACAACACCUGCGACAACCUCUGGAGGUUUUACUUUUGGCAGAAUGGAACCAACUUCUACCCCAUCUGGAGGAUAUAAUUUCAAUCCUCCUAGUUCUACGCCAGCUGUUUCUUUCGAUCCUAAUACACCACCGUCUUUUAACUUUACUGGUGGCAGUGCACCAAUUUCAUUUAAUGCUCCUCCACCCGUAUCAAGAAAGAUCAAAAAAGCUGUACGAAGAAUGCGGUAUCCAGCAAAUGAUUCGCAGCGCUAAUACGUGUACAUUCAGAUGCGUUUUUACAUCAGCUCGUGCAUCUAUGUGUGUGUUCUGUAUGUAUGUUACAAGUUUCAAUAUAGUAUAAAGAAACUUUUGCACGUAAAUUGAUCACGUCACUGUGGUGGUAUACCAAGCAUUUAUGUAAUAUAGUAGCCAGUUGAUGGGAUAUGCUUGAGUACAUCCACUUGUGUUCUACAGGAAGAACUGUAAAUUUUAAAUUAUUUGAAUUAUACACCUAUAAUGAAGAAAACAAUUUGAAGUUGGCAUGAAGCCAGUUUUAUUAAUUAGACGCAUUGUAAUGUUGCUGCAUUACUAGAAUCUUGCCCAAAAAAGACGAUAUAAUUACUAAAAUGACAUAGCAAAUUAACUUGCUGAAAUAUGAAAAAACUCUUGGUAAGAAAAACUAAUAAGCACUAAAGAUGAUGUGCAAUUUAAGGGUUUUUAGCGAAGGAGUGGCAACUCCUCAGGUAAGUAUAAGUCAUUUACAGCUUGCAACGAUGAUAUUGUAGGAAAUAAUUGGGGUAAUUGAUUUCUGAGAACUUUUACAUUUUGAAAUUUCUUUCUACAAACACUAGCAGUAAAUUAUAUGUGUUCGGUUAUGUUAUUAUAUACUAUAAUUGUCACUAUUGAAAAUCAAGUAUUUGGAAGAAAUAAAAUCGAAUAAAAUCUUAUAUAUGUAAACAUAUUUACAUUAAAAAGAUGAUGACGCAACAAUGUUUUAUAAGGAAAUACACCUCGACUAUUUCGUAUAGUGACACGUUACAAGCACUGUGAAUUGGCUAUAUAUAGAUACAUAUAUAUAAUAUGUAUAUAUGUUACGUAUACGUAUACUUAUACUAUAUAUGUGUACAUAUACAUACAUACAUAUAUAUAUAAAUCCCAUACAUACAAAUAUUAAUUUAGAAAAAUUUAACAUAAUAUUUUAAUUAGAAUUUCAUGGGCAGGCCUACAACUUUGUAGUACUAGUCCACGAGAAGUGUAAAUUACACUAAAAUGGCAUUCGGACAGUACAAAUUCGCGAUUACUAAACAUUUUAUUGAGUAGUCGAAAUUGUAUAUUUUUUUUAUAUAUCGAAUGAAAUAUUCCUAUAAGAAAAUACUGAAUGCCAUUUUAAUAGGCUUAUAUUAUAAUAAUGUUGCGUGUUUUACAAUAGAGUGAGUGAGAAGGAUUUGAGACAAAUGUUGAAUGAAAAUAAAUUAUUAUGGGGCUUCUAAAAAGUUAUAUAUUUGAUCAGUUCUAUUUUUUCUUUUAUAUUCACAAUUGUUUCUAUAUUUUUUCUUUUUUUCGUAUAAAAUUAUCGUUUUAUGUGCUACAAUUAACAAAAUUAUAGAAAAGAAUAUUAACCUCUUAGAAGCUUCUUAGAAAAGUUUAGCUUCUUAGAAAAAAAUGGAGAUAAAAUUCUUCGAUAUUUCAAACAUAGAUAAAACACUGAUAAAAAGUUUCACAUUUGUUAAUUAAAGCACAAUAUAAUUAUGUUUAAUAGUUCUAUCGUUUAUGGAUAGUCUCAGUUUUUAUGAAAUCUAAAGAUAAUAUCUUUUGUAGAAUUUUUACACUAUAUGAUGUUAACGAAUUAUUUAAGAAAUUACAUAUUUUUAUAAUAUGCAUAAUCCCUUAAGUGAUAUUAAUUUAUGUAAAUCAAACUAUUAACAUAUUGUUAUUUGUGAAGUUAACAAUUUAUAGACUUUUCUUUUUAGAAGUCCCUAAAUCAGAAAGUAGUUAGAUGACGUGUAAUGAUAAUCAUUGAAUCGAUAUUCAGUCAUGCACGUCUUAUUUAAGAUUAUAAUAGUUAUGUCUAUAAUGUUGGCUUAGAAUUGACAGUAGCCAAGAAUAACUCGGCACAUGACCCAUUCUGCCAUAGUAGACAUGUAGGUAAAAAUGGUCUGUUACUAUUGUUACUCUGUACGUUGUUGUGUAAUACUUACAUAUAAAUAUUAGAACAACUUUUAAGUUCAGUGUAUAUUAAUAAGAAAUAUCAAUCAUGGUCUUGUGUACAUGUUAAAGCUAAUUUCUUUCAAAGUUAUUAAGUCAGUGUCAUUCUCAAAUGUACUUCUUUAUAUUAUAAGCAAUAUUAACUAAAUGCAUUAUACAAAUACAAACGGGUUAUUUUAUUUUAUUCUUUUGUGGCGCUGAUACACAUUUAUUCUUGGCGAAAGCUAUUCAAUAAUUGCUAGUAUUUCAAUAAUUACUCUGUACAGUAAACACUGCUGUAGGUCUAGAUGUACUCUAUGCAUACAAAUUAUGAAAUGUAAAGGGUUAUUGUACGAAUAAAUAUACCUAUGUGUAUAUAUACAUUCAUACAUAUAUACACACAUACAAAAUGUAUAUGUAUGCGCGUAUGUAUGUAUGAUUAAAAAGAUUUGAUUUAAACCAUUAUGAUACGAACAUGGUUAGCGAUGGUGAAGUGAGGCUGCGCUGAGCUAUAUCUAUGCUGCUGUCUUAUACUGUGAACAUUCUCUGUCGAGGCUGUGUGGUCUAUUUGUCUAUUACUAGGCAAAUUUCGAAAUUAACCAAUGUAUCAAAUACUGCUGAAAAGAAACAGCAUCUUUGUAUUAAAACUCGUAUAUGGCCUUAAAAAUACAUAACGAGUCUAUGAAGUAGAUAUAUUAACAAUUAUAAAGUGAAUGAUAUUGGAAUUGUUUUGUAGCACUUUGUACUCUCCAUUGAAAUAUGUUUGUAUAAACAUUUGAAGAGCACUACAUUAAAAUGGUUGAACAGUAGAUAUAUGUAACAACUCAUAACUAAUAGGAUUACUUAUAAUGAAUAAACUAUGGUAUUAGGGGGACUAGCAAGAUGAAUUUUUGCAUAGAGUUUUGAAAUAUUUUAAUGAUUUACAGUAAAAACGUUAAAAAUUACAGCUAUGAUUAUUAUCAAUAUGUUUAUAUAAACAUUACUUUUUUAAGUAAUAUUACAUAAACAUUAUAUAUCAUCGUUUUAUCAUUUCUCUUGUAUAUUUAUAAUUUCAUAACAUAAUUAUUUAAUGUAUUACUUGUAUUAAAAUAUUUAUGUUUAGCAUAAUAAUGCUAUAAGUUAUGAGAUGUUACAGUGAAUUACAUGUUCUGAGGCCUUAUUACAAUCUUAGUCCAUUAAAUUAUGUACUGUACUGAAUUCAGUCAUGAAUGUCUGUUAGGAUUUUACUGAGAAUAUAUUAAGCAAUGAUCCAAUGUUCACGAAUGAGAGAGUUUGUUAUGAAAUAAAUCCAAUGACUGACUAUAAUUAAAUAAAAUAUACAUGUGAGAGAAUGUUCACUGUUUGCUUCAGGUGCUAUGAGAAUGUAAUUACAUGCUCAUGACAUGGUGUAAUGUUAGAUGAUAUAAUGAAACAAGUUGGUGUUUCUCAACCAAUGAAUUUGAAAAUUAAUUAUAGUGGUUAACGUGCAAAAUGUAAAAAGUCGUUUUAAUUCGCACAAACAGAGCUCAUAAAAUACGCUUAACAAACGGUUGAUGGAUGUUCUUUUCCAAUGUUAUACAUUAAAAAUGUAAUAUAUGUCAUCUUCAAAAUAAUAACCAUAAAUUUCUUCCUUUAAGUAAAAACAAAACGCGUCGUUACGGUAAAUCACCUAGAACUAGAAACUUAAAUAUUUCGGUUGUUAUGAUAGAAAAAAAACUUUUAAGGAAGAAUCUUGGAUUCUAAGAGACUUAUAUGUGCUAAAAAAUAUUACUUGAAGAUCGUAGUUUUUUAAAAUACAAGGUUUACUGACAUUUCUUUAAUUAGAAUUUGAUAUUUUUGCUAAUACAAAAAUUAUCGAGCAAAUGAAGAGAAGUUUACAAUAUUUUUAUCUUUUCCAUUAUGAUUGCUGUGAACAAAAAUGUCCCUUUCCGAAAUUCAUAAGUACUGCAAACUCUCUUAUAGUACUAUUCGUUUAAGAUAUUAAAUUAUUCUCAAUUUUAUAUUUUAAUUUUGGAAUUUGUUUUGAUCUAUUCUACAACUUUUUUUAUAGGGAAUAAAAUCAAGUUUCAUUUAAAGAGAUAUCAAUAAUUCCCAUAUUUAAAAAAAAUAUGACUCCAAUAAUAGUCUUCAAGCCUGCUAUAUAAGCACUUUCAAAUCAAACAUUUCUUUAGAAGUUUUCUUUCUAUCAUAAGUGACUGAGAUAUUUACAUUUUCAGUUUUAGGCAAUUCACUUGAUAUAUGCGUUAAUUUCGCAAAAUACAUAAAUAGAAUAUAAGAAAAGAAGAUAACGAUAAUCAUAGUAACAAAGAUAAUAAUAAUGUUUGAACUAUAUGAAAGAUAUGGGAUCUUUUGUGGACCAGAAGCACAGAACAGGAUUAUAUCAGUCUCAACUAUCUCAAUAGCUCGUUCUUUUAUCCUUUAUUUUCAUCAAAUAAAGGUGACAUUGCCUUAAUAAAAUAAUACUUGCGAUGGUCAAGGACUAUUGAGCUUGUGUUGAGAAACACCCUUUAGUAGGGUAUAACUCUACAUUAACAUAAUUACCAUUACCAUUCUUAAUAAUAUCCUCCACUGUAAUCCAUAAUAAUUGUAUCUCAUACGAUAUUAGGAUAUAUGAAAAAAUUAACUGAAAA